AACGAGGAGCCGUCUUAACUGCUCAGGAGGGCCGGUGGGUCGUUUUGGCUCAAAAGCCGCGGCGGCUCGAGUCUUCGCAGGCGGACCGGUUGGAUCGCUCGCGCUCUUGCGCAGCAGCGAGCCUCGGGCGGACGGUUUGCGCUCGUUUCUGGCCGGCAUUCGGGAGAGGGACGGCCCUCACCAUCGCCACCGGGAACGGCAGGCUCGCGCCACGCGGAGGCGGCGGAGUCCCCAGCGCGGGCGUUCGAGCGGGAGCGCUGCCCAGGGCACGGAAUCGUCCGACGUCGAGCGGUCGGAGCUCUCGGAAAGUUGCGGUCGUUGGAGGCUGAACGGUCCCCGCGGUGUAAGAAGCCAGCGCCCAGCUCGUCAUGGCAGAGAGGCAGUCGUGUCCCCGUGCCCGAUGUGGGGCCGGGCCUUGGUGCCUCAGGCUUCUUGGCCUGGCUUGGGGCCUGACUCUCACCCGGGCCUGGGCCCCAAAAGUGUGUUUUGAGACGUGGUGGUGCAUAUUGUUCUGCCUCCAGGCACGGAGGGCUGGUCGCGGCAGAUGGAUUUCUUGCUGGGCGCGGGCGAUGCGGAGCCCUCUGGGACCAACACCACCACGACUGAGCCAAAGACGAUGGCCGACAUGAGCGCCGGGGAGCUCUCCGAGGAGGCUUGGGAAUGGUUCAGGUGGUUGUGGCACUGGCUGCCGACCCUGGUCAGACCGCUGGCUGUCCUUAUCGUUGGCCUGUUGCUCAUCAAGUGCUUCACCUCCUGCCUCGACAAAUGGCUGUCGAGGGUGAAACUGCCGAAGGUGAUUGGCAACUCCAAGAGCGGUGAGAUCGACGACUCGGACGAGGAUUCGGAUGACAGCCAGCAGAGCUACUUCCCAAAGGGCCGAGGGAUUGACCCGACCAUACUCAAAUUCUUCGUGAGUUUCGUGUCAGUCGGCUUGAAGGUAGUGCUGUUUAUGGCGGUCGCCAGUUUGAUGGGCAUUCAGCUCUUUGGAUUAGUUGGCGUGUUCGCCACAAUGGGAAUUGGAGUUGGCUUGGCUCUGCAAGGCGUACUGGAAGACAUUGCGAGGGGCAUCAUGCUCAUCAUGUUCAAACCAUUCAAGGUCGGAGAAUACAUUGAAUUGUCUGAUGAGGCGUCAUGCUCGGGCUGGGUCACGGAGGUAGGCCUGCUCCAUACGAUCAUGCGGACCACGGACAACAGCAUCCACAUCGUGCCGAACCGGAAAAUCAGCACGCUUGCCAACAUGUCAUCUUUGGGAACCAAGCGCAUCGAUGUUCUCUUCAUGAUCAGCAACGACGAGGACUAUCUGAAGGUGAAGGCUCUCCUGCUGCAGGCGGCGGCUCAAGAGCUGCUGUGCCUGAAGCAACCGCCCCCGACGGUUCUACUGACAGGGAUGGGUGAGGAUGGUGUUGAAGUUACCCUGCGGGCGUGGAUAAAGUCACCGAGCUUCGAGGACUAUCCGCCAUCCAUCCGGGAGCGUGUCAAGCUCACAUUCGACGCGCAGCGUAUCAAGAUCCCACGGAAUUGCGAGGUCGACCCAGCCGCGGGAGACGCCAGUCCGCAGAGAGGAGGCCACAGGACGCCCCGGUACAUAUGAGGACCACUCAUCCGUGUCGUCCAUAUAGGGUUGGUUCAAUGUCGGCCCAUGCCACUACUAUUGGAAUCGAAAGUGUGGUCCUAGAAAGGGUGUAGUCCUGCUCUAGGCGGACAUGCGGGCAGCUAUGCACCGAGCCUGCAAGUUUGUGCGGCUGUAUUGUCCAGGCUUGGUGGUGUGAGUUGCCUUCUCCGUGCAGUGCCGCGGAGCAGAGCACGUGGCCCUUCUCGUGAUACGAAAGUGUCCAGCUACCUGCGGCAGGUCUCGCCACCGUGCCAGCCCAGAAUUCUGGGUGGCGAGCGUUCGAGGGAGCACGGGAGGCCGCUUCGUGUGACACUUCGCGUCCCCAGGCUGAGGAGAGCCAUGAUGAGGAGGAUACCUGGCGGGCGCGUGUUCUAGUCACUAUUAUUGCCGCUGUCUUUUUCUACAGCCUCUUCCGCGGCGCCCGCCAGGUACUUUUAGCGUCGAGUCGUGUUUAUUGCAUUGUUCUUUUCAAGAGCGCCACACUCGUAGGACUCAGGUUUGGUCAACG